AUGGCCAGAGGCCUUGGGGCCCCCCACUGGGGUGCCGUGGGACUGCUGACCUGGGCGGCCUUGGGGCUGCUGGUGGCCGGACACGGGGGUCAUGGCGAUCUACAGGACGACCUGCACGAGGACUUCCAUGGGCACAGCCACAGGCACUCGCAUGAGGAUUUCCACCAUGGACACAGCCAUGCCCAUGGCCACACUCACGAGAGCAUCUGGCAUGGACAUAGCCACGGUCAUGACCAUGGACAUUCACAUGAAGAUUUGCUCCAUGACCAUAGUCAUGGCCACCCCCAUGAGAACCUCUACCACAAAGAACAUGAACAUGACCGUGAACAUAGCCAUGGAGGCAUCAAACAGGACCUGGACACUGUCACUCUUUGGGCUUAUGCUCUUGGCGCCACAGUGCUGAUCUCUGCAGCUCCAUUUCUCAUCCUCUUUCUUAUCCCGGUGGAGUCAAAUUCCCCCCAUCGUCGCCAUCUGCUCCAGAUCUUGCUUAGUUUUGCUUCAGGGGGCCUUCUGGGAGAUGCCUUUCUGCACCUCAUUCCUCAUGCCUUGGAGCCUCAUUCUCGCCACCCUGUGGAGCACACAGCUGGUCAUGGACAUUCCCACAGUGGUCAGGGCCCCAUUCUGUCUGUGGGUCUAUGGGUCCUCGGUGGAAUUGUUGCCUUUCUCAUGGUGGAGAAGUUUGUAAGACAUGUGAAAGGAGGACAUGGACACACUCAUGGCCAUGCACAUGGAAGUCAUGGCUAUAGAAACCAGGAUUGUUCUUCAAAGGAGAAGCAUAAUUCAGAGGAAGAAGGCAAAGACACAGGAGGUGCACGGAAGAGAAAAGGAGGGAACACGGGACCCAAAGAUGGGCCAAUGAAACCGCAGAAUCUUGAAGAAGAACCAGCAGGCUCAGACCUGCGUGUGUCAGGAUACCUGAAUCUGGCUGCUGAUCUGGCACACAACUUCACAGAUGGUCUGGCGAUUGGUGCUUCAUUUCGAGGAGGCCGGGGGCUGGGGAUCUUGACCACUAUGACUGUCCUGCUGCAUGAAGUGCCACAUGAAAUUGGGGAUUUUGCCAUCUUGGUCCAGUCUGGCUGCAGCAAAAAGCAGGCAAUGCGUCUACAGCUGGUGACGGCAAUAGGGGCACUGGUGGGCACAGUGUGUGCCCUCCUUACUGAAGGAGGGGCAGUAGGCAGUGAUAUUUCAGAUGGUACAAGUCCUGGCUGGGUGUUGCCAUUCACUGCAGGUGGCUUCAUCUAUGUAGCAACUGUGUCUGUGUUACCAGAGUUGUUGAGGGAAGUAUCACCAAUGCAGUCACUCCUGGAGGUGCUGGGGCUCCUAGCUGGAGUUGUCAUGAUGGUUUUGAUUGCCCACCUUGAGUGA